GAAACUUCUCCACCGGGCGAUUGCUAUCUUCCUCGACUGAGAAAACCCUAACCCUAGUUUUUGUUUUUUACCCUCUUGCUUUUCUAAUCAUUCUAGGGCUUCAAAUUCCCCCAAGAUCCGUUUUCUAUUAUCAAUUUUCGAUAAGGUCUUCAGCUUUUAUCGACAAGAGACCGUUCUUUCUCAUUGGAAGACCGUCUGAUCUCAUCAAAUCCUCUCUUCUAUUUUCAAGAGAAGGCCAUCUUUCAAAGCAGAGGGAGAUUAUACACUUGUUGCGAGAAUCCUGUGGCAAUUGGUGGGGUUUGACCUUCUGAACGGUUCUGUUUUUCUCUUCGUCCUGUCGGGGUUCAAAAAGUAUUCGAAUUAUUGAAGUUUUUGAAAGGAAAGGAAAAAAGAACGCAAGGAGAAAAAAAGAAUUGCUUGUACUCAAUUAUCUAGAAUUUUCUGAUUUACUUGUUUUCUUUAUUUAUUUGUAGACAAAUACACACAAUUUUGUAUAUUUGUUUCCGAGCAGAGGAAGAGAGAGAGAGAGAGAGAGAGAGAGAGAGAGAGAGAGAGAGAGAGAGAGAGAGAGAGAGAGAAUGGGUGCUGUGUACUAUAAGUUUAGAAGUGCAAAAGGUUAUGACAGUGUAGCUGUGCAUGGUCCUUUCAUAUCAGUUUGGAAUCUGAAAGAAAAAAUAUUCGAAGCAAAGCAUUUGGGCAGGGGUACUGAUUAUGACCUCUUGCUCACCAAUGCUCAGACCAAUGAAGAUUAUACUGAUGAAGGAAUGCUGGUACCAAGAAAUACAUCUGUAUUAGUUCGCCGGGUUCCCGGAGCGCCUCGCAUGCGCAUUGUUGUGGAACGAGAAGAGGAGAGUAAGUUAGAAGAAGUUUCACAAUCUAAUAGUACUGUAUGUGUUGCUGAUUCAUCUGACAUGAGAUCUCUAAAUCCUGAAGAGUUGGAAGGGUAUGAUUUUGGAAAUGAUGCCUUUGCUAUUCCAGAGGUGGUACCAGUGCAAUCUAGCAAUCUGGUGAAAAAUUAUCAAAGUAAGGCUGAGGAAGAUAGGAAGGUGGAAAAUGAUCAAAGUAGGGCUGAAGAAGAUAGGAAGAUCAAGGUGUUAGUCGACAUGCCUGCUUUGGACAUGCAAUGGAAAACAAAGGGAACUUUUGGUUUUGAAGGAGGCUUUGGAAGGGUUACGGGUGAUAGAAUGACGGAGGGCCAUGGUUUUGGCUGGAGUGGAUCGUUAGAGCGCACGACACCUCCACAAGGGUAUAUCUGUCACAGAUGCAAAGUUCCCGGGCAUUUUAUUCAGCAUUGCCCAACAAAUGGCAAUCCGAGCUAUGACAUUAGAGGGUUGAAACAUCCAACUGGUUUUCCAAAGUCGAUGCUAGUGGAAACUCCAGAUGGCUCCUUUGCAUUACCAAGUGGAGCUGUUGCUAUAAAGCCAAAUGAAGCUGCUUUUGUGAAGGAGAUUGAGGGGCCUUUAACUCGAUAUGUCAGAACUAUUCCACCAGAAUUGCAUUGCCCACUCUGUAAAGAAGUAAUGAAAGAUGCUAUCCUAACCGGCAAGUGCUGUUUCAGGAGUUUCUGUGAUAAAUGUAUUAGGGACCACAUAAUCUCAAAAUCCAUGUGUGCAUGUGGGGCCAUAAACAUCCGUGCGGAUAGCCUGAUACCUAAUAAGACACUUAGGGAGACCAUUGAUCGUGUCUUAGAGUCAACAACCAGUAGUACUCUAGAAAGUGCUGGAAGCUUAUCGCAAGUUCAAGAGAGCAAUUCGCAUACUCUUUCUGCCACUGUGAAGAAAGAACACAUACCAUCCUCCCAUAAAGAUGGCACUUUGAAUAGAAAGAGGCCUGUGCAUGAAGAGAAGCUUACUAUUGAUACUCCCCUUCAGUCCUUGAAGAGAAGUAAGACUGCAACAAAUAUUGAAAAAUCUGAAGUGACAUUGGAGCAAGAACCAGCGUCACUGGGUGGAGCUCCUCCGCUGGCCAAAGAGAAAGUCCUGGAGAAGCUGCCUGUUGGUGAGCCAGGAAAGAAGAAACGGGAAAAAGCAUGCAAACCUGCUAAUGCUGCGGACUUGCAAUGGAGAACCUCUCAAAAUCAUGCGGCCCUAAACCAUCUGAUUCCAUUUGGCCCUUCAUCCUACAACCCAUAUUGGGCCGGCAUGCAGUGGGGAGUGAACGAGUAUAUGGUGCCUUAUGCUGAUGAUAUGCAGUGCAUGGGCUAUGCAGCAGGUCCAUUUGGAGAAGGGUAUAUGUGAUGCCAUUCAUUCAUCCUUUUAAGAGUCGACACAAUGAUUGCGGCAGCUCGUCUCUUUUGUCCGACAAGGAUGUUACUGGCUGUUGAAGGCGACAAUGUCGGUGCAGACAUUUGUGGAAAUUGGAUUUGGAGUGAGGAUGGGUUUCCAUGAAGGCAAAAUGGAUUGGAAUGGUUUCUUGGGCUUGUGACCUACAAUGGGGAGUGGUGGGGGGGAAGAUAUGUAAAUAAAAGAUGUAUUUUCUUUUUUAAUUUUGGUUGUUGCCAAUGAAUUGUAUAAUGAGCUGUUUAUUGUAAACAUUUAUUGAUUAUAUAUGGAAAACAUUGGUGCAUAAGAGUUGUGA